AUGCCACGAAAGUCCAUCUCAACGUGUGAUCAUAAAUCUAUCUGCUUGUCCUCCUCUACUCAUGCUGCCGUAGCCAGUUUCAGAAGAUGGUUUCAGAAGACAAGGUCCACGGCAACGUCUCGCCGCAAUCAAAGCAGACAACCGAAGCUUCCCACGAGAAGACAAACUCUUCCUCGAAGAAGACCACAGAGUUUUCAAGAAUGGCUUGAUGAUAAGCACCGCAACCCGGUAACUGCAAAACAAAAAACCGUCUGUAUCGUUCCAUCUCCUCAAAUUGACCCAGAUGUUGACUUCAUGCGAAAAUGGACAACACCAAAACACCCAGACGACGAGCUUUCCCCAAAGCCCCCUAGUGCGAAGGACGUGCGGGAGUAUCUAACUACCUUCUAUCACGGUCUUCCAGUUAAGAUGAUGCCACCAUCUACCCUGCGGUUUAUUCCCUGGAAAGAACCCACAAAGAGACCACGGGAAAAGACAGGCCCGCAAUACCUAGGUGUGCAAUCUGGCGACGAGUGCGUGCGCAUUCGCUCGCGUACCUUGUCCGAUGGGACAUAUGCGGGCCAAGUCAAUUUAGACGAUCUUCUCGAUGUUGCCAUUAGCAUUUUACCGAACGAUGCAUAUGCCCUCUUGAUUCUUGUUGACUUCGACCUCUACGAGGACGAGGACGAGUUUGUAUGUGGCCGUGCAUACGGAGGAAGUCUCGUUGCAGUGGUAUCCAGCGCAAGAUAA